CAGUUUCCUCUUUCAAAACAGUCUGAAUAGCUCAGCUAACAUCUGAUGUCAAAUGUCAGGAUUUCAGACAUGUCAUGGGUAAUGAGUGGGAUGAGAAUUAAGGUCAUUCUUUAAAGCAAAUUCUUGUCACAUUAGUCAGAAGCUUAAUGAGAAUCCCCGCCAUUCACAAUGUGGACAAACAGCAAUCACAACAUUUCUCCUGCUCAAGAGGAUCACGCCCACACCAUCCAAGUGCCUAAUGUAGGUGUCCCAACAACACGUGUUAUUUAAAGAAGCCAAAGUGACUCACCCAAAGGCUUUUGUUGAAUCAGACGUGAAAACGAGCUGCUACUCAGAGGUUGAGUAAUCGCAAGUUUCUUGGAAGAAGAAGAAUCAGGAAAAUAAUAUCCCAAUGAUGGCCGAUCAUGGAGACCCAUGUGAUCCAUCUGAAGCUUCUUUUUGCAUGAAUGGGGGAUCAUGCUACAAGAUCCCCUCUGUCUCCACCCCCACCUGUCGGUGCAUUGAUAACUACAAGGGCAGCCGAUGUGAGCAGUUCCUGCUGGAAUCUAGGAGCAGCACCGAGUCUGGCAUGAUCGCAGCAGUGGUCAUCAUGGUCUUGCUCAUCGUGGUGAUGCUGGCUGUGAUCAUCUACUACACCUGCAAGCUGAAGAGGAGUAAAGAACAAAAUCAGCCAACCAGAGAACAGUACUGGAAGGUCCAGCACAGGGAGCCAAGAGUAUGACACUGUCCUGACCGAGCAGAGAUCUGAGGACACAGCAAGAAGCUCCUGUGGUGUUGGAGAGCUCCAUACACACCACUGGCACAGGUCUGAAUUCAGCUAGAGCUGGGAUGGACUAAGACCCCUCGAACAGACCGGCUAUAUACUUUAAAACACUUCACACUGGAUUUAGUCUUCUAAUGGUGUAUUUUAUUCAAAGUGGCAGUGCAGUGAAUGCAUGCGUGUUGAAAGGGCUUCUUCUGUGUAGCCCAUGACCCUAGUUUUGCCAAUGUUAUGCUUCACCACUAGAUGUCUGUCUCUGAAACUUUGUUGAAAAUGUAACAUUUCAAAAGGAAUCUUUUUAACAUUAACUUCAGUAUACAAUCACCUUAGGCUUGUAAUGUCAUGUGACUGACAGGUAUAUAGUCAAUGAGGGAUGACUGUUAUUAUUGCAUUUUAUCAGAUGAUUAUUUUGUUUGUCAUUUGUUUAAUGACAAAAGCAGUAACCUGUAAGAACAAACCAAUGCCUUUGAUGCUCUCAUCAAAAAAAGUCGAUUGAGUGAUUAGUUGUUAGUAUUCAAAAAAGGAAUACUUCUUAUGAAUGGCUAGGGUGUCAUGUUGAUAUAGGCAGGGUCCAGGGAUCCUGUUGAAGGCCACCUUUUGAAUGAUACUGACUGGAAAGACUGACAGAUGUUAGAAAGGUUAGAAAGAAACUAGGUUGUAGCUGACAGUCAACAACAUUACUUGAUCAGAUCCUAAUCAAGAGCCACAAGAAUGGCAGGAAGAACAGCCACUGUUCACUUUCUGUGCACAACUUGCGCAAUAGUUAAAACUGCAUUAAGAUAAACUGUCCAUGCCUAAUAACUUUGUAAUUAUUUGCUUAAUAUCCCUUUAACACAGCUAUUCCAAUGAGGAUUUAAAAACUCCAAAGUCAAAAAACACUCCUUAAAUGGAUUUGAUACAAAGAAUGUCAGUGACAGCACUUAUAUCUGCCUGUCAUUGGUUGUACGACUACUGCAAUAACAUUAACCGGGGGGUCAGUAAAACCUUACAUUGGUUGUACUAUCGGUUGUAUUAUACUAGCCUAUAUAACCACGAAUAAGGCAAAUGGUUUCUAGACAACAGUUAACACAGCCGGUAUAUUCACAUUACGUGUUUAAUAGAGAACCUCAACAUUCAUAUGUUGUAGCAGCACUGUGCAUGUUGAUCACAGAGGAAAGCCUGUGGUGGCUAUGGUGGAGUAAACAUGGCAUAGGGCUAGAGAGGAACUUGGGAAUGUGAAGAAUGCAAAAGAAUGUAGACAUGAUGCAGGCACAUGAAAACAUGCAUUGCAUUCAUUUUUGUACAUUUUUGGUCCUGUAAGAAGCAUAUACUGUAUGUGUGUACAAAUAUAUUGUAUAUUUUAUUGUAAAACACUGUUUGUUCUUGUUUGUUGAUGGUGAUUUAUUUUUUACAUUGUUUAUUUGGAUGACCUGUUGACAGUGACUUAAUGUCAGAGUAUGUGUGGUAGAUGGAAUUGUAUACAAAAUAAUCUGUUCAGUGUUGAGGGAUACUACUUUUUAAAUAAAUAAUAUGAUUGUG